AACCCAUGGAAGUUGCAUCACAUGUGACAUUUUCUAAAUCUACUCCUCAAAGAUUGGGUCGAACAAAGUCUUUUCGUAAAGAUUCCGGUUAUGUUGAAUCUAAACAAUCUGAUUCGACUUAA